GUACGCAUCUCUGUGGAAAGGAUGCCUGACACUUUACACAGGACGGGGAGGCGAGCUGCAUAAAAUUGGGGAGUUCUGCAUGGUAUACUCAGAAGUGCCAAACUUCAGUGAGCCCAAUUCAGAACACGUCGGGCAGAACAAACUGGCACAGGGUGAACAGAAUAAUAGUUCUGCAUCAAGUACUAUGGGUUCUUGUACUUUCGGGCCACUGGGAAAUGGUUUACAAACUGGACCUGAAUCAAGUGGAUUUCCGUUUACGUAUAAUCACGGCCACACUUACGCAGGUAGUGGGAGAGGCAAUGGACGAGGACCUGUAAAUCCAGCACCAGCUAAUAGUGUUCAGUCUCUUCCCCCUGCUGUCAGUAAUGGGAGGGACCCACGCAGAGCCUUUAAAAGAUGACUAUGCCAAAUGUGGUUGUACAGCUUGCUUAAACUCUACACUCUACUUGAACACUUAUUGCACUUUUAUUUAUAGUUAACUGUGAACCAGUUUGUCCUUUGUUUUUUUUACCUUUUGGUCUAUGGAGCAAACUUGAUGUGAUCUAUUUCUUAUUUUGCUUAGGGAAGCACAGUCUUCCCCAUACAUUAAGGGGGUAGGGGGAGAAGGUGGAUAUAAGAAAGUAAGGGUAACAGGUUGAAGAGUCAAUUAAAACUUGGUACCCUUUGCUAAAUGGAAGAAAAUUUCAGUUACAUGUAUGUAUUUUUCUGUUUCUGUUGGUCAGCCAUAUAGCCUUAAAAGGUCUAUUAUGUCCUGUACAUAGGUAUGUGGACUCCUAUUAGGGUUAAUGGGAGUUCUUCGUAUUGGAAGAGAAAU